GCAGUCCCGCAGCUGACAAACUGAGCUGAGGUAGUGGUGCUUUGGUUUUUGUCAGUACCUCACUUACCAGCGCUCAUAACUGCAGACAAACUUGCAAUAAGUUUUCAAUCAAUGCCAACACACAGUGAUAUGCACUGUAUGUAUGCAUUGUAUGCAUGUAUGCUCUCAACUCUGGAUAGUGAAUCCAAGUGCCACACAAUCAUCUCGUUUAAGGCAUUUAUCAUACAAUUAACACAACUUUUUUCACUGCAAUUGCAAAGUGUGUUCAAACAAAAAAGUUUUGCCAACUUUUUCCUAUUGAAGUGAUUGAUGUGACAAUCAUUUUGUAUACUGUUUUUAUACACAUUAUGUAUUCACGUUAUGAACGGAUGCUUCACUCUAUUUCUUACUUGCAUUCAAUUGCUUACUGUAAUCCAUGCCUUACGGGACCAGGAGGUGCCCUAUAUUGCCAAAAUGGACCUAAAAACACAACCUGUACUACACCUACAGCAUCAACCGAUCAGAUAUCAUCCCCAUCGACACCGUCAUCAUAAUCAUCAUCAUAACCGUCAUAGGCAUCAAUCAUUACUGACUAAUCAAAACUUUGUAAAUAAUUUAACUAUCACUUCAAGCAAUAUUCAUAAUAAUCAUAAUAAGCAUCUUAAUAGUCAUCAACUAAUAAAACAUGAAUCAUUAAAUCCAAUCAAUGAUAGGAUUUCCACUUCACGACAGUUUGUUUUAUAUAGUCGUUGCAGUCAAGACUAUGUCAGUGUUUUACAUCAAUCUAUUAAUGCAAAAGCAAUGGCCAGAUAUACCAAAUCACAUCCAAACACAACAACCUCAUCACAUGUCAUACCACGGACAGCCCUAUUAUCAUUUGAAACGGAACGUUACGACAACAAUAUAGCAGUUCGUAUUAAGUCAGUGCCGGGUGGUGUCUACCUGUGCUUCAAUAAUAGGGGGAGACUCACAACAAAGUACUCAUCCGAUAAAGAUAUUGAAUGUCAUUUUACUGAAGAAGUGACAGAAAAAGGAUAUUUAAUGUUACGAUCGGUAUAUAACAGGGACUGGUAUAUUGGGUUCAAUAAAAACGGACUCUCAAUGAAAGGCCAAAUAACGACGUCUUCAAAACAAAGUCAACACUUGAAGCGAAAAAAAUAUGCCAUUAAACUAACUUAA